UCUAUGUGCUGUGUUUAGAUCGCUAUCUCAACAUGACUCGUCUCGUUGUUCAGUAUAUUGUUAUUUUAUCUAUGUGCUGUGUUUAGAUCGCUAUCUCAACAUGACUCAUCUCCUUAUUCUGGUAGUCAUGUUAAUCUCGGCUGUGUCCGUGGAAGGCAAUCCCACAUGUUCUGGCUGUCUGGUUGAAGGCACGUGUAGGGAAUCAGGUUACUCGGAGACCUCCAACACCGCGGGAGGCAGACUGACGUGCGGGUGUAACGGGAAACUUUGGGAGUGUACUGUAGUGCCUAACCCAGUAUUUUACGGCGAUCCUUCAGGAUGUGCAGGAUGUAUGGUUGCUAACGAAUGUAAGCCAGUUGGCUACCAGAAACACAGACAGCUGGAGCACGGGAGGGAGACGUGCACGUGUACCGGGAUUGUGGCAUGGUCGUGUACAGCUGUGGGUAUUCCACUCUUUAUAACCAGGAAACCCACCAUAGCGCCAACCACAGAUGUAGCGCCUUAG